UAACUUAAUAAUGUAUCUGGAAAUUGUAAUAUCCAGAGACAUUAACACAUCCAGAGGGACUUUGUACAGUAGGGACGUGUUUUACAGUUUCGCUCCUGAUUGGGUCGAGUCCGCAGUGGCCUCUUCCCUUCACAGCCGUGAUGUAUAGACCCAAUUAAUUAGAUUUAAUUAGCUCACAGCAGUUCCUGGGGACGUGCGGUAUAUUCCCAUUGCAGCACGCAUACAUAGUAUGAGGCAGUCCAGAAACCCAGUAGUGCAAUCUGAGUCUUUCUGAAUUUGACCUACACAAUUCAAGGUCUAAAACAGUUCACACAUGUACUGUAUUUAAAGACCGGUUACAAACUAACUGAGAGUAUUUGGUUGGGAUUUGAUUGAUAAUCCCAUUCACCAAACGAUAGCCCGGAUUUCCACAGAGGGAAAUCAGUUAUCCAAUCGACGCGCGGUGGAGGCGGGAUUUCCUAAAAACCGUGUCAGUGGCCGAAAGCAGCUCACGUCUGGCUUGUUACGGACGCCUCAUCUUUUAUCUUAAACCUGACAGCACGAUACGGACAACACGGACGGGCAGUCGUCUGUCUGAUCCUUGCACAUUAAGCGACAAACCAGGCGUCGACAUAUGAAGGAAUCUGUCGAUCGAUGUAAAGUAACAGAGAUCGGACGUAAAAGGAAAGUGGAAUAAGGUGCCCAGGUUCCCUUCAUCAACUGUCAUAUAUCGGUAUUUCUCUUGUUGGAUGUCAGCCUCCAGCGUGUUGCAUGUGCGGUAACAACAUGUCAGCGCCGCUUCCUGCCAUCGUACCGGCCGCUCGGAAAGCCACCGCGGCGGUAAUAUUUCUCCAUGGACUUGGAGAUACUGGGCAUGGAUGGGCGGAGGCUUUUGCUGGAAUCAGGACCCCCCACGUUAAAUACAUUUGCCCCCAUGCGCCACUUAUGCCAGUCACGUUGAACAUGAAGAUGACGAUGCCUUCUUGGUUCGAUAUAAUUGGUCUUAGUCCAGAUGCCGAAGAAGAUGAAUCAGGCAUUAAACAAGCAGCAGAAAACAUAAAAUCGCUGAUAGACCAGGAAGUUAAGAAUGGCAUCCCUGCCCACCGGAUAAUCCUGGGCGGAUUCUCGCAGGGGGGGGCGCUGUCCCUCUACACGGCUCUGACGUCCCAGCAGAAGCUGGCUGGCGUGGUGGCGCUCAGCUGCUGGCUUCCUCUGCGCGGCUCCUUCCCGCAGGGUGCGACGGGCAGCGCCAACAAGGACACGCAGAUCCUACAGUGCCACGGAGAGGCUGACAUGCUGGUGCCCCUCGUCUUUGGCUGUCUGACCGUGGAGAAGCUGAAGAGCUUUCUCAACCCGGCCAACGUGCACUUUAGAACCUACCCAGGAAUGCAGCAUGGGUCCUGCCCGCAGGAGAUGAUGGACAUCAAGCAGUUCAUCGAGAAACAGCUCCCUCCGAUCAGCUGAUCUCACGACGUCGGCCUUCGAACGCACACCAGCACAAACUCGGGCUGAAAGCUGAGUCCUCUGUAAGCUCUUAGGUCCGUCGCGUCGCUAAGACAAGCUAACGUCGCUGAACGGUAGACACACCACCAACCCCACAACAGAGUCUUAGCCCAGGAGACGCUGUGGGAUUGAGCAUCCAGCUUAGUCCUUUAUGAAACUUCCACGGUUACAGCGAGAGCGACGGGGACCCAGAACUUCAGCACCUACAUGGCUAGUGUUGUGUUCUAACUCUUGUGGAAAUAGCUGUUUAUCACGAAAAAGCCAUUUCCUCUUGGUAAAGAUGCGUUUGGAUGUGUAAUGAAAUCCAUUGUGGAAAUGCUACUUAUUUGAAUUAAAUGGAUUUACAAUAAAUUAUGCUAUAAGA